AUGGGUGACACUAACACUUUUGCUUCUUCAGAUCUGUCUUCUAUGGCCCCUGAAAAAGACUUGGUGAAAGAGGCAAUGGCCAUAAGAAAAGAGUUUAGGAAGGGCGGUGGGUCUAGGACCAACAAAAAAAGGCGCUUGGUGACGGUUGGCAAGACUGAUCUACUUCUUAGCACCGACCUCCCUUUGUCUAAUGCGGUCAAUCCCAUGGACCGUCCUCCAACUUAG